CGGAUCAGCAGGUGCUGUCUUUGGACCUGGAUGGAAGUCAAGGUUGCAUCCACGGCGAUCUGAGGGGACAUUCUUACAGCACGGACUCUUAAUUCCAGGAUGAGCUGUCAUUUAUGACAUGCUCACCACGGCGUUCGAUAAUAACAGAUAAACUCCACCUGGCGUCUGGACUCUUCUUGCAGCAAUGACUCCGUAUGUAUCCGGAGGGACCGUGUUCACCAUCCUGCUCAUCUGCAGGUUGUUAGAGAGCUCGAUGCUCAACGCAGAAAUGAAGGAAGGAGAGAUUCUGCCUCCCACCAUUCAUAAGCUGAUGAAAGGAUACAACAAGUACCUCAGGCCCUUCUUUGACAAUGGUCCUGUAACAGUGGGUAUGAGCCUGGACAUCGCCAGCAUUGACACCAUCUCAGAGAUCAACAUGGACUAUACCGCUACCAUCUUUCUCCGCCAGCGCUGGACCGACGAGCGCUUGGUGUUUGAAGGCAACAAGAGCCUGAGCCUGGAUGGGCGGCUGGUGGAGCUCCUCUGGGUCCCCGACACCUUCAUCGUGGACUCCAAGAAGUCCUUCCUCCAUGACAUCACCGUGGAGAACAGGCUGAUACGCAUCUUCCCCAACGGGACCGUCCUUUAUGCUCUGAGGAUCACCACCACCGUGGCCUGCAACAUGGAUCUGACCAAGUAUCCCAUGGACAAACAGACCUGCACGCUACAACUGGAGAGCUGGGGUUACAACAUCAAUGAUAUCAUGUUCUACUGGACCAGAGGAAACGAGUCUGUCAGCGGAUUGGACACCCUACAGCUGGCCCAGUACACCGUAGAGGAUCACUACACUUCUGUCUCAGAGGCCGUCUAUGAAACUGGCAACUACCCGAGGCUGGUGUUCCACUUUGAGCUGAAGAGGAGCAUUCUGUACUUCAUCCUGGAGACCUACGUCCCCUCCAGCCUGCUUGUUGUCCUCUCAUGGGUUUCCUUCUGGAUCUCCCUGUCCUCUGUUCCAGCACGCAUUUGUAUAGGUGUGACCACGGUCCUGACCAUGACCACUCUGAUGAUGGGAGCCCGGACGUCACUGCCCAAUGCCAACUGCUUCAUCAAGGCCAUCGAUGUUUACCUGGGAAUCUGCUUCAGCUUCAUCUUCGGAGCUCUCAUCGAGUACGCCGUGGCGCACUUCUGCAGCCUCAGUCACAUGGACUCACACAUCUUCAUGCAUUACGGCCACCACAUGCACGACCUGGACGACGAAAUGAACGGCAUCAUCACCACCAUCUCCAACCACAACAGGGCCAAGAGACGCAAGGAGGCUGCCGCGACUCAGACCCCGGCUCCCGCCUCCCUAGAACUCAUUGUUAGCCCGUCCAGCCCCUCGGGCAGCGAGCCGAAGCCCGAGGCGCCCCCCCCGGAGCCCACCCACUGGUGCUUCACUGCUCUGGCCACGGUCCGCAAAGUGCUCCGCUCCUUUACAUGCUGUACCGUGGAGAACCCCCACCACAUAGACAACUACUCCAGAGUCACCUUCCCCCUCUCUUUUGUCAUGGUUAACCUGCUCUACUGGACAUAUUAUCUGUACUUUUAGCAUCAGCUCGAGUGCAGCCCGUUUCCCAGAGAGAGUGUUUGUAAACAAGAAGUGUAUUUUACUGUAUGUAUAUGUACAGUAAGCGUCAUUUAGGUGUGUUUUGAGAUGAGUGUGUAUUAUUUCUGCAUUUGGAUUCAUGAGCGAAGUGGAAUUCUCACAUAGAUUUUCUGGGAAAUGCUUAUGAUUACAGCUCCAUUUUUAAAUAUGAAUGUGAACUCGGAUCGAGCCAUUGCUUUAAAUGUAAUGCGGCUGGUGUUGGUUACAAAUAGGAUCAUUUAACACUGACAGGGUAAGAUUUAAUCAAUGCUGAUAUGCGUUGAGAGGAAAAUUGCUUGCAAUGGAAAACAUGGCAGUCUACAUCUUUUUUUUCUGUAGUAUGAUUUAUUUUACGCAAAUCUCCGUGCAGGUAGUUACUGUCAGACAUGGAGA